AUGAACGGUGGUUAUGCAAACGGAGGUAUUGACGAUCGAAAUGAUUCGACACGAAUUGUGUCCUAUCGAUCGGCAGUUAGUCGCGAUCACUCUCGACCAUCUCAUCGUACCAAACGAAGACGUGUUGGUAAUGAAAUUGAUUUAAAUGAUAUUAACGCCGAUUUAGUUUAUGAUGAACAUCAAAUUUCCAUUGAAGAACUUGUACAUCGAUUUGACACAGAUUUGAGAACGGGCUUAACAAAAAUUCAAGCUAAACAACGUUUAAUUGACGAAGGUCGAAAUCAUAUCGAACCACCACAUGUCAGUAUUUCCAAAUCAUGCGAACGUUUUUGGCUCCAACCCUACAUUUUUUUCGUUGCCAUCUUAUCUCUAUUGGCUAUUCUAUGUUUUGUUGCUUUUGCUAUACAAUUGAACACCCGACAAGAAAUAACUUAUGAAAAUCUUUACAUGCUCAUCGUUUUGAUUAUCUUCAUACUCUUACCAAGUGUAUUCACAUUUGCUGUUAAUCAUAUCAGUGCCAACAAAUUACAAUAUUUACGAUAUCAAAUCAAACAAGUAAGAUGA